ACUUCUUGGGACAGGGAGUCAAGUGAAAUGCGCUAUAAGAGGCUUCAACAUUUGCUUGAAAAAAGCAACAUCUAUUCCAAAUUCCUGCUAACCAAAAUGGAACAGCAGCAACUAGAGGAACAGAGGAGGAAAGAGAAGUUAGAAAAAAAGAGAGAGAUGAUGUUAAAAUCUGCCAAGGGUCAAAAUCCAGUUGAUGGCAAAGAGGAUAAAUCAGGUGCAAAAAAGAAGAGAGGGAGAGAAGAUGGUACAUACAACAUCUCAGAAAUUAUGUCCAAAGAGGAAAUACUAUCAGUGGCAAAGAAGAGUAAAGUGGAAAAUCAGGAUGAGAGCUCUUCUGACAACCUGUGUCCAGAAGACCUGCAGAAAAAUGGAGACUCAAAUAGCGUCAUUAAGGAUAGAUUGUGUCAAGCUGUACGACACAGUGCCAAGCAAUUCCUUGAUCCAGUACGGAAAUUUAAUGGACAACCAGUGCCUUUUCAGCAGCCGAAGAUUUUUACUGGUGGUGUAAUGCGGUGGUACCAAGUGGAAGGCAUGGAGUGGCUAAGGAUGCUUUGGGAAAAUGGUAUUAAUGGCAUUUUGGCUGAUGAAAUGGGGCUGGGAAAGACGAUCCAGUGUAUUGCAACAAUAGCACUGAUGGUGGAGCGAGGAGUCCCUGGUCCAUUCUUAGUAUGUGGUCCUUUGUCUACUCUUCCAAAUUGGAUGUCUGAAUUCAAGAGAUUUACUCCAGAGAUUCCACUAAUGCUGUAUCACAGAGAACGUCGUAAACUGGUUCGUAAAAUUCAUGGGCGACAAGGAUCUCUGCAAAUCCAUCCUGUGGUCAUUACUUCCUUUGAAAUAGCAAUGCGAGACAGAAACGCCCUGCAGAUUCUGACACCUUUCUUACUGAGAAGGCUGAAAUCUGAUGUUGCUCUUGAGGUUCCUCCUAAACGAGAAGUUGUGGUAUAUGCACCACUGGCAAAGAAGCAAGAAACUUUCUAUACUGCCAUUGUAAAUCGCACCAUUAGGAAACUGUUUGGAAAUAAUGAGGAAGAAGUAGUUGAGUUGAGUCCUACAGGCCGACCAAAACGCCGUAGCCGAAAACUGGUUGAUUAUUGCGAAGAACAUGAUGGUUCACCUGAUGACUUGGAAAAAUUGAUCAGCAAAAUGCAAGAGGAAGUAGAAAAAGAGAGGCCAGUGGUAGAAGUGAGCAUUCCCAUGGAUUCAGAGGUGAACCUUAAACUGCAGAAUAUCAUGAUGUUACUGAGGAAGUGUUGUAAUCACCCCUAUCUUAUUGAAUAUCCAUUGGACCCUGCUACACAACAAUUCAAGGUUGAUGAGGAUCUAGUAAAGAAUUCAGGCAAGUUUCUACUCUUGGACCGAAUGCUUCCAGAACUGAAAAAGAGAGGACAUAAGGUCUUGUUAUUCUCACAAAUGACUAUGAUGCUUGACAUUUUGAUGGAUUACUGCUAUCUGAGAGACUUCAAAUUUAGUCGAUUGGAUGGCUCUAUGUCCUACUCAGAGAGAGAAGAAAAUAUGCAUCAAUUCAAUACUGACCCUGAAGUCUUCGUGUUCUUAGUGAGUACAAGAGCUGGAGGCUUGGGCAUUAACUUAACUGCGGCGGACACAGUUAUCAUAUACGAUAGUGACUGGAACCCCCAGUCGGACUUGCAGGCCCAAGACAGGUGUCACAGAAUUGGCCAGACAAAGCCUGUGGUUGUUUAUCGUCUUGUGACAGCAAAUACUAUUGAUCAGAAGAUUGUGGAGAGAGCUGCUGCCAAGAGGAAGCUGGAGAAGCUGAUUAUCCACAAAAAUCAGUUUAAAGGUGGCAAAUCUGGUCUAGCACAGUCAAAGAGCUGCCUGGACCCUCAGGAAUUAAUAGAAUUAUUAAAAUCCAGAGACUAUGAGAGGGAGGUUAAAGGAUCUAAAGAAAAAGUAAUCAGUGAUAAAGAUCUAGAGUUACUCUUGGAUAGAAGUGAUCUUAUUGAUCAAAUGAAGACCUCUGAAAAAAUGAAAAAGGAAAAAAUGGGUGUCUUCAAGGUCCUAGAAGAAUCAUGAGAUUCCAAUGCAGAAUGUGUGUUUUAAUGUGCAAAUGUGGCCUGUAGUUUUGCAGGACAAACAUAUGACUGACAUCAGAUCUUUUAGAGAUGUCACUUACACAUACUGAUCCUUUAUGCUGACUUUCUGUAAGGCCUUGUACAAACCCCUUGUAUUCUUUCAGUGACUUUUAACAUGUUCUACAGUAUAAUGCAGGUGAUAGUUUCAUGUUACUGCUUUGGUAGGGUCUCAUACAGAAUUAAGAAAAUGAGCAUGUUUCACAUUUGCAGGUAGAUCUUGUGAUCCAUGGUAAAAAAU